GUUACACUUGCCCAGCAAUUCAGCGGCAACGGUCGCGCAUUCUUAAAAUCGAUAUCUACUGUAAUGGAUUUGCAGCCGCCGUCAGUCUUGGCCCAAUUGCCUCGCCCUUUGCACGUGUCUAAGGGCCAAACCCACAUCGGUGAGGUUUAUAGUCUAUCGGACUCGAAAAAGCGCAAGAGAUAUGAAGUUGCUGUCGCGGUCGACGGAGAGGCCGUGAACAUUUACAAUAUCCAAACUCCAAAGCUAGUCACCUCCUACGCUGUUCCACCGCAAUCCUCGUUUGCUUGUCAGCCAUGUUCGGUACGCAGAAAGCUUUCGGACAGCUCGGCUGUGAAAAGGCAGACCUAUGUCUCAGUCAACCCUCAGAAGGAAAUCAAGUGCUUCAUUGAAGAAAGCAGUGGAAACGGAUCCAGCGCGCCUGUUAUUUCAUCCUCUUCUUUCUCCGUGAAAGAUUCCAAGAGUUCGACGGUUUUCAUCGGUAUCGUCCCAACCGGAUCUGGUGAGGAGGAGGGACAGAACCCAUUUGAUAUCCUUACGGUUCACCAAGAUGGUCGUGUCCGGAGACUAGCAGCUGAUCUGGACAACCAGCGCUGGAGCCUUCAGCAUAGUGAAUUUGCGAAGAUUUCUUCUUCUCAUGCGGUUCAGGCUUGCUUUCUCGUCGAAUUCGAAGACGCCAAGAAAGCCUUGUUCAAAAGAAGACAAGACCUUGCGACUUUGGCCUUAGGGGAUUUGGUUGAGUCGAACGUGGAUGAACCUUCGGUGCUGUUGCUCGUUUCGCAUCCGACCAGCUCCAACGAAAUCAAACUAGGCGACGUCAAGGUCCAUAUGUUCUCCGUACCUGCUAAGAUCCCUUCUCAGGGAAGAAGCCUCGAUGAGAGUCAAAAAAUGAAGCAUCUCAUGACCAUAAGCAUUCCAGACGUUAAGGGACAAGAGACAUUCGAAAGCAGCGGCUUAGAAUGGGAUUUUCACACCGGAUCGGCAGGGCUGAAUUUGUCUUUUACUAAGGGAUUUGUCAACUUCGAUCUUUCUCAAUACAAACCCACAGUGACUUCGCAAUUCAUCCUCGAAGACGAAGAUUUUUCCUCUUUGAUGCGCAUCUCACCUCAGUCUGUUAUUGGUGCCGGGAAGUCGAUCGUCGCAUUGUUCGAUACUCAGUACAAAUCUAUCCAACGCAGCAUUGCCAAUGGCGACAUUUCUGGAAGUACUAGUUCCAAAACACGGACAAAAUUCAUCAGUUAUUAUGCGAAACUAGGAAUCGCAGUAGCAACCAAGGAAAACACCCUAUUUGCGUUCGACCUUGGCUCCUCCACCGCGCUUUCGGGUUCUUCGCUCAAGCGGUCGAGAGACAGUCUUUUGAUCGACGCAAUCGGUCGCGGUAUUGGAUCAGCUGCCUCUCAGUGGGAUACAUCGAAGAAGCAGCGGACAGAUCAACUGACGUCGUUGGGCCUCACUUCGCAGGAACAGAUCAACCGGUGGAACAAGCUGGCAACUGACUUGCGCGCGGCCUCUAAAUCCAACAACGGAGACGCUUUCGACAGUGCAGUGCAGGCCUAUUUCAACGCUAUCGACUCGGAUGCUCUGCCAAAACAGUACAUCAACCCAGAAGUCACUUUGUUCCUGCUGUCUUUCAUCUUCUCCUUGAAGGACGCGGUCAACAAGGACCAGCUGUCCGCCUCUUUGUCUUCACAGGUUUCCAUUGACUUCUGGCCCGAGCGCACAUGCCAAUGGCUCAUCGAACGGGGUCAUCUCUCUCUGGAUAAUGUCCAGAUUGCUCUGCGCCGUUCACUGAAGCCCCGUAUCCUGCCAGCAUUGCCGCCCGGGUCAUUCGUCCAGGCCCUGAUAGACGCGGACUCCACACUGAAGCGCCUCAUCGAAGUCCUCCAGGGCCCCGUCAUGCUCAGCGCCAACGAGUUAGCGUACGCGCUCAAAUUCUUCCUCAACAUGGCGCGCUCCCGCACUGCAACGCUCGAAGAAACAGCCCAAGCAAUCACGUCCGGCGAAGAAACCGCCGCCGAGCCCAAGGACGAAACCACGCUCCAGGACAUCUUCCGCGGAUUAAACACCACCCUCCGGAAAAUCCACAUCCACACUCUCCCGACCAUCACGACCUCCAUCCGCUCCACCCUUUCCAGAACCGAGAUCAUCGCCAUGAUCCACCACCUCCGUCUCUCCCUCGCCACAGCCGGACACGCAUCCCGCUUCACCGAAAACCCCCCCACGCCCAUCUGCCCCGAUCAGACCACCCCCUCCCUCACCCUCAACACAAUCACCGACCUCCUCAACGUCUCCAUUGACGCCAUCGGCCCCUCGGGCUGGAUCUCCGCCACUGCCUUCGACGACACCCCCACCCGCGAAAUGGACCUGAUAGCCGACAUGAAAUCCGAAAUCUCCGCCGCCUUGGCCGGCGUCGAAGAAGCCGCCUACCUGAAGGGCGUCCUCCGCGAAUACCUACGGUACACAGACAGCGUCGCGAAAUCGGCCAAGUCCGCAGCAGCAACACAGAAAGCGAAGGUCAUCGACGAGCCAGUCUCCGCACUGGUGCGCUGUGAAAAGCUGAACGGCGCAGAUCUGAUGGUCUUCCGCUGCGGCGAGGAGGAAGGCUUCGAAGGCGACGCAAGCGGCAAGAUGCUUCCGUUGUCGCUGAAGGCGGGCUCUACAGACGUGAGCAAGACGAAGGUCAAGAAGUCUACGGGCGAGGUGAAGACGAGGAGUAAUCGGGAGAUUGGAUAUCUGCGCCGGAAGGCGGUGGGGAAAUACUCGUUCGAAAGACUUGUUGUAUAGAUAGAUAUAUUUCGUUUGGUAGCUAUGAUCUUUACUAUCUUUUAAAAAGUAAAUGUUCGGGUUUUGCCUUGCAUUGGGUGGUUUUGUGUAGAUAGAUAAGCUAACAUAGGUUAUGUCGAAUAUUGAUUUUA